UAGGUGAGCAUGUUUCAUAACUAACUUUUUUACAACUUCCAAUUUCUCGCUAAGGUCAUUUAAAAAAGGACAUUUCGUAAGUGUAUGGAAAAAACACUCCUUCCACUUUGUAAAUAUAAUUAGUAGCUUAGAACUUGCCUCGCCUCCGCUGUAGCAGAACGUUGUUACUGGCUAAAACCUGUGAUGGUUGGUUAUGAUCCUGAAUCUAAGCAUGGGCCUCUCACAUCAACAGAAGUGGCAAUAUCUGGAUCAGCUUCUGGGAUGGUGACUCGAGUCAUAAUUAGUCCCAUGGAUGUCCUUAAAAUUCGAUUCCAGCUUCAAGUUGAGGCUAUAACUGCCAAGAAUCCUCAGUCCAAGUACCAUGGUAUCCUGCAGGCUACGUGGCGCAUCUUCACAGAGGAAGGGGUGCAAGCAUUUUGGAAAGGCCAUAUUCCUGCCCAGCUAUUGUCUGUUGGUUAUGGUGCAGUGCAGUUUGUGAGCUUUGAAGGGUUGACCAAGUUUGUGCAUAUUGCUACUUCCUUCAACACCAGAGAUCCUGCAGUUCAUUUUGUAUGUGGAGGUCUGGCUGCUUGUAGUGCAACUCUGGCCAUUCAACCUUUGGAUACACUACGUACUCGCUUUGCUGCACAGGGUGAACCAAAGGUAUAUAGAAACCUUCGUCAAGCUGUGGUGACCAUGUACAAGACUGAAGGCCCAUGGUCAUUUUAUAGAGGUCUCACCCCAACUUUAGUAGCUGUGUUUCCCUAUGCAGGACUUCAGUUUGCUUUCUACAAUAUCUUCCAAAAAGUGUAUGUAUAUAUGAUUCCACCUGCAGAGACAUCAACAGGAAACUUUAAAAAUCUGGUCUGUGGCAGCUGUGCUGGUAUAAUCAGCAAGACAUGCACUUACCCUUUAGACCUGUUCAAGAAGAGAUUGCAAGUGGGCGGCUUUGAGCAGGCUCGUUCAGCAUUUGGAGAGGUCAGAACUUACAAAGGCUUUACAGACUGUGCUUGGAGUAUACUACGGGAAGAGGGUUUCGUUGGAUUUUUUAAGGGCCUGUCCCCAAGCAUGCUGAAAGCAGCCUUUUCAACAGGUCUCACAUUCUUCUGGUAUGAGUUCUUCUGCAGCACUUUCCGCUCUUUGAAAAUCCGUGGUAUGGUGGAGAAGAAGCAAGAAUAGUAACUCAUUUGACUUUUGACAUGGAUUGCCCUUCCCACAUAGUGCUGGGAAUUCAAAGCUCAGAAGAGUUACCUCACUUGAACAGAUUGCACAACUCCACCUAAGCAUGUGAAGGCAUUAACUGUCACAUUUCUAAAUGAACAGUGUAUUAAAUGUUUAAAAUUAAAAAAAAAAACUUAUAUUGUUACUGACAAAAUUACCAAGAAUUUAAAAAUGUCAAUCUUCGCAUUGCUAUCAUUGUUAUGUCAAAACAGUGUAAUAUACAGUUACUGACAUGUUUCUUAGGAGCAUUUAAAGUUCAACAUUGCUGUUUUGCAUCAUUCAUAUUGUGCAAUUCAAGUACAUCUGUAGCCAAAGGUUUUAUCUUUAUCAGAUGAGGAACAGUAGGAUUGUUCAAAUAUAUAUGUAAACAAGAGGAUCCAUGUUUGUAUUACAUUUGUCUUACAAAAUGUUAUCAGUUUUUUUUUUAAUAGUCCUGAAGACGUGGGUGGUGUUCUGCACUGUUUUGAAGGGAAGGGAAACAUCACUGGUAAGAAAAGUAAACUCCUGGUUUGAUCCCAUAACAGUUUGUCUAGUAUGGUGACCCACCUUGAAUUCUAAUUGAAAUAAAGUUCUGUCUGGCACUUAAUAGUGUCUGCCUGGAUUAUCUUGCUCUCUUGAGAGAAAUUAAACAUUAGGAUUCCAUUCUGGUUAUCUGAAAAUGAAAACGGCAUUCACCAACAUCACUUAAGUAAUUGCUGUUACAAACCUACAUUGAGGGGAAAAUUUUAUUUAUUGUGUUAAUGCUGAGUAAUUACGGAUAUGUGUGUCAUUUUCCAGUAUGGAUGUCAAAGAUUCGUUUGGUACAGAUCCGUCAAAUGUACAGCCCCCCCAAGCAGCCCUUCUUCACCUGAUUUUCUUCUAAGUCGAUGAAUUCCCAUGUCAUCUUACCAGAGUGUCGAUGUAGACUCAGCUUUAGCACUUUCAUUUGGUUCAGCAUUAAUCAAGUCAGAAAACUGCCCCUAGUCAUCAGUGGGACUACUGAGAUCUGUCAAGCCCUUACUUUACUGAUGAUGACAAAUCCAGUAAUGUGGAGGGUGGGCUUGCCUCCUCCCUAGGCUUAAAUUGAAUUUUGAACUUUUCAGUUUGGUGGGUAUGGAAGUCAGCACAUUUUUUACCAGCUACAGGCAGCAUCAGAUUCAUCUUCCAAAAAUUCAGAGAACUGCUAUUUAUCUGUUACUUUAGUAAUAUAGAGUACUGAGUACAGAAUGCAUGAAAACAGUUUGAAAUCACAAAUAUAUGUAUAGUACAGUUAACUUAUAAAACAGCAUUCCCUAACCAUUGGUUGCUAUUAUUUGCACAACACUUUUGCCCCAAUGUACCCUUCAGCAUUUCUGACUUCUGCUGUACUAAAAUCAUUGAUCUCUCCCAAACAGAUGUGCACACUGUGGUCUGUAUGUUUCCCCCACCAAUCCCUAAAAUAGUAAAUGAGCAAAGCCCUUCACCCUGUCAAGAAAAGCAGAGUAACUGGAGAGUACUCAAUCCCCCCCCCCCCCGCAACUAGCCCUUCUUCAUUGAGCUGUCUUCCUAAGUCCAGGUCACUGAAUUUCCAUGUCUAAAUCUUACCAGUGUGUUGAUGGAUUCUCAGACAUAGCACUUUCAUUUGGUUUGGCAUUAAACAAGUCAGAAAACUGGUCCCUAGUUAAGUGUGAUAGUGCAGAGUACAUCUGUGGGACCCAGACGUAAGAAAAUGUACAGAUUUAGUUGUAUAUCUCCCAACCAUUAAAUUAACCCCUUCAUUUUUGUUAGGUUUGUACCGUUAAUGGUGACUUAAGAAACCCAUGUAAAAGUAUAAUUUGCACAUUUAUCUUAAAUGUUCUUCUUGUUCUUUUUUCAGCUUUUCCCGGUUAGGGGUUGCCACAGUGGAACUCAGGUCCGCUAAUGAUUGGCAGUAGAUUUUUACAGUGCCGAGGUGCCAGCCCGACG